CCUACAAAUUCAUGUAAACCAGCCAGAGGCAAGAGCCAAAGAACAGGAAGCAGAACCAGUGAGAGGCAAACAAUGAAGGGAGGCUUUCUAAUAUACGCAGUUGGUGUUGCUCUCUUAACUUGCGCACCCCUCCACGCAAACCCAGAAUACCCGAAAAUUGUCCAAGUAACAGAAACUCACAACCACUUACUGGCCACCGCCACAGAGCACCACUUCAAGAAUUUCAUGCAGGAGUACGGGAAAGAAUACUGUACUCAUGAGGAGUACGUACACCGCCUUGGGAUCUUCGCAAAAAAUCUGAUCAGGGCAGCAGAACACCAGGCGAUGGACCCCACAGCCGUCCAUGGUGUCACGCAGUUUUCUGAUCUUUCUGAGGAGGAGUUUGAGAGGAUGUACAUGGGUGUCAAAGGUGGCGGUGGUACGGGUGGUGCUGCACCGUGGGCUAAUGGAGGAAACGGUGUACCCGUGGCACCGGAGGUAGAUGUGAGUGGCUUGCCGGAGAGCUUUGAUUGGAGGGAGAAAGGUGCUGUUACUGGUGUGAAGAUGCAGGGAACUUGUGGUUCUUGCUGGGCAUUUAGCACCACGGGAGCUAUUGAAGGAGCUAAUUUCAUUGCAACUGGGAAGCUUCUAAGUCUUAGUGAGCAACAACUUGUAGACUGUGAUCAUGUGUGUGAUGCAACAGAGAAGGAUGCUUGUGAUGAUGGAUGCUCAGGGGGGCUUAUGACUAACGCUUACAAGUACUUGAUCGAGGCAGGAGGUAUAGAAGAAGAGGAUGCGUAUCCUUAUACCGGAAAACGCGAUAAAUGCAAAUUUAGACCGGAGAAAGUAGCCGUUAAACUUGUGAAUUUCACCAGCAUUCCAGUGAAUGAAAAUCAGAUUGCUGCCUAUUUAGUCCAUCAUGGCCCUCUCGCAGUGGGGAUAAAUGCAGUGUUUAUGCAAACUUAUAUUGGCGGUGUAUCAUGCCCGCUUAUCUGUGGCAAGAAGCGGCUGGACCAUGGCGUUCUUCUAGUUGGCUACGGCUCAAGAGGUUUCUCGAUUCUCAGAUUGGGGUACAAGCCAUACUGGAUCAUCAAGAAUUCAUGGGGAAAGAACUGGGGAGAAAAAGGAUACUACCGAUUGUGUCGGGGGCACGGGAUGUGUGGGAUGAACACCAUGGUUUCUGCUGCAAUGACCCAGACAUCAUGGUAAAGUUUGGUUGAUGCAUCUUAUGAAAUCCUUAAAUUGCAAGGUGGUUUGAUUUGUAAAAAUGUAGGAUGUUUUUCAUCUUGGCGCUAAGAUCAAAUAAAAUUUCUAGCUAUGUAAGGUUAAAUAAUCUGUUAAUCUCUUAAGAUCGAAUAAUUUUGUUAA